ACUGGAAAAUAAUUAUCGCAUUGCACCAAGAUGGCUCUGAAAUGGAUUUCAGUUCUUCUGCUGAUACAAUUCAGUUGCUACUUUAGCUCUGGGAGUUGUGGAAAGGUGCUGGUGUGGCCCAUGGAAUACAGCCACUGGAUAAAUAUGAAGACAAUCCUGGAUAAACUUGUUAGCAGAGGCCAUGAGGUGACUGUGUUGGCAUCUUCAGCUUCCAUUCUUGUUGAUUCCAGUGAAUCAUCUGCUAUUAAAUUUGAAGUUUAUCCUGCAUCUUUAACUAAAAAUGAUUUUGAGAAUGUUUUUUCGAAACUAAUUGCUGGAUGGAUAUACAAUAGUCCAAAAUAUACAUUCUGGGAAUAUUUUUCACGAGUACAAGAAAUGUUGUGGAAAUAUGGUAACUGUAUUAAAAAAUUCUGUGAAGAUUUAGUUUUGAACAAGAGACUUAUGACAAAAUUACAAGAGUCAAAGUUUGAUGUUGUUCUUGCGGAUGCCAUUGGUCCCUGUGGUGAGCUGCUGGCCGAACUUCUUAAAGUACCUUUUGUGUAUAGUCUCCGCUUCUCUCCCGGAUAUGUACUUGAGAAGCAUAGUGGAAGACUUCUAUUCCCAUCUUCCUAUGUGCCUAUUGUUAUGUCAGAAUUAAGUGAUCAAAUGACAUUUGUAGAGAGGGUAAAAAACAUGAUAUAUGUGCUUUAUUUUGACUUUUGGUUUCAAAUAUUUGAUUUAAAGAACUGGGACCAGUUUUACAGUGAUGUUCUAGGAAGACCCACUACAUUAUUUGAGACGAUGGGGAAAGCGGAAAUGUGGCUUUUUCGAACCUACUGGGAUUUUGAAUUUCCUCGCCCAAUCUUGCCGAAUGUUGAUUUUGUUGGAGGACUCCACUGUAAACCAGCCAAACCCCUGCCUAAGGAAAUGGAAGACUUUGUGCAGAGCUCUGGAGAAAAUGGUAUUGUGGUGUUUUCUCUGGGGUCAAUUGUCGGUAACAUCACAGAAGAAAGAGCCAAUGUGAUUGCGUCAGCUCUUGCUCAGAUCCCACAAAAGGUUCUAUGGAGAUUUGUUGGCAAGAAACCAAAUACUUUAGGAUCCAAUACUCGACUGUACAAGUGGUUGCCCCAGAAUGAUCUUCUAGGUCACCCCAAAACCAAAGCUUUUAUAACUCAUGGUGGAGCCAAUGGCAUCUACGAGGCGAUCUACCAUGGGAUCCCUAUGGUGGGCCUUCCGUUGUUUGCGGAUCAACCUGAUAACAUUGCUCAUAUGAAGGCCAAGGGUGCAGCUGUUGGAGUGGACUUCAACAGGAUGUCCAGUACAGACUUGCUGAAUGCACUGAAGACAGUAAUUAAUGAUCCUUUCUAUAAACAGAAUACUAUGAAAUUAUCAAGAAUUCAUCAUGAUCAGCCAAUGAAGCCCCUGGAUCGGGCAGUCUUCUGGAUUGAGUUUGUCAUGCGCCACAAAGGAGCCAAACACCUUCGUGUCGCAGCCCACGACCUCACCUGGUUCCAGUACCAUUCUUUGGAUGUGAUUGGGUUCCUACUGCUCUGUGUGGCAACUGUGAUAUUCAUCAUCACAAAAUGUUGCCUGUUUUGUUUCCGAAAGUUUGUCAAAACAGGAAAGAAGGAGAAAAAGAAUUAGUUAUA